AUGGACACGGCAACUGACGUACCAAAGAAAAGGAGAGCGCUGCCCUUCAAGCGCACCGUUGCACGCACACCAGCCAACGAGCCACCCCCAAGCCAUACGCCAGAGCACAAUUCUGACCAGGAUGACCCUCUCGCCCUCUUUCGGCGAUCAAAGGACGUUUUCCCCAUGGUCCUGGAGGACCUGCAGCGGGCAUCAUCAGAGGAAAAGGUGAAGCCUUCCGAGUCGCCAAAGGAAGGGCAUGUCAACAAGAAAAGGAGGGUGUCGUCCAAUGCCGAAGGUGACAAUGAAGCACCUCUCGGCGCCAGCUCUUCGAGCGUAUCAGCACUGAGCAGGACGUCUGCAUCGCGCAUUGACUCCGACGAUGACGACCUGAUCAUGGACGUCAAGGGCAAAGGGAAAGAGAUCGUACGACCCGACAAAGCCCGGGUACCGACUCCCCGAAAGCCUCUUUCAACCACACCAAGAAAGUCGGGAACACCAUCCAAGAAACGCUUCGCCUUUAGCGACGACGAAGACGACCAUGGGAAGGACGACCUGUACUCCCCACACUCAAAGCGCCGCAACCCCGACCGCUUCUCUCCAAAACCUACCGCACUCGGCCGCAGCACCCGGGCCACUCAGCGCGGCAGCUCGCCGCUGGAAGGUUUUGAGACCUCCUUCAACCUCCCCGGCGCAUCCUCCACCUCCAAAAGGAAACCUUUUCAAUCCGCUGCCCUCGACUCCGACAACGACUCGGACCUCGAAGUCUCCGAAGUUCGCACCAAGAAGCGCUCCGCUUCUUUCUCGUCCUCUCCACCACCAGCACCAUCCGCAACCGACCCAGAUCACGAAGCCACUAUCGUCGCCGAUAAGGCCGACGACGAUGAUGAUUUCGCCAAAUGGGUCACCAAAGCCGCCGCGCUAGAAGCCGACCACGCCAAUUGGACUAUUGACGUGCUUGUCACUUCCCGAAUGCCACACACCAAGCCGCUUACUGCGCGGCGACGGAUGAAGCAAGGUCUCAAGCUGAUUUUAGACACGUGGAUCCGACAGCAGGAGCUCCACGGUUGCGAAAUCCCCGAGGACAUGGUGGGCAAGCUGUUCUUGACGUUUAAAGGGAACCGAAUUUACGGCAACAGCACCAUUGCUUCGCUGGGAGUCAAGGUGGAUGCCAAUGGCGUGCUGCAGCUGCCUCCUGGUGCCAUGACGAGCCGAGAGGCCAUGGAGGGGUAUGUCAUCCAGGGGGGGAAAAUUGGACUGGUGCUGGAGAUUUGGCACGAGGAGUUUUACGAGGAAGAGCUUGCGAAGAAGAAAAAGCAGAGGGAGAGGGAGUUGGGGCUACUUGACGAUGACGACGAUGAGGACCAGCAAAGCGGAACCGGUGCGUCUGGUGCCAAUGGAUGGUCCAGAGGUGGCAGUGAGGCUGCUGAGGUCAAGAAGACCAAGAUCAAAGUGGUGCUCAAGGCCAAAGACCUCCAACCGCUCAAGAUCGCCGUCUAUGAGGAUACGCCGGUCGGUACCAUGGUGCAGGUUUUCCGGAAGCAGAGAGAUAUCAAGCCGGAGCAGACUGUUGUGAUACAGUUUGAUGGCGAGGAGCUGAACGAGAACAUGCUGGUUGGGGCGAUGGACAUUGAGAGGGACGAGACCAACCAGUUUGAGGUCUACAUCAAGUAGUGUAUGACCUGGAGAAUAAACAUGGAGACUGGGUUUUUGGGAGGCUUUAUUCGCACAUUUCUUUUGCUGUUAUGGGGUUGG